AUGAGAUGUCCAUUGUACAUCAUAAACUAUCAAAAAGGUGGUUUUGAUCUCGUGCUCUUCGAAGUGAAAGGUGCUCAAGAUCAUGUUUCUGAUGUUUGCAAAUGGUUACUGUACUUGUUGGGCAUACGUGACAAAUGUUCCGAAUCCUCCUCCAAAUCGGAAAACGAAUCCGAUUACGAUCAGGGCUAUUCCUAUUACCUGAAACAACAUGCAAAUGAUACGAUGUCGAAAUCGAGACGAUUGUUUCUAUCCAUGCAAGGUGACGACGACUUUUGGGGAAAUGGCGAUCGACUUGAAGAGAAAAAGUUGCCUUCAAUUAAACAAGAAAAGAGCAAAGUUAUGGACGACGAGGAUUUGGAGGACAGAUAUUAUUUUAAACAGAACAAAUUGGGUCGUCAGCAAUCGGAGAGUCGUCAUGAAAAUGAGGAGAAUAAGGUGUCUCAGGAAGAGAAAUGGAAUUUGAGAGUUCCAUUGGAAGAGAGCAUUUUGAUUAAGAAAGAGGAGCCGGUUCCGGAGAUGGAAGAGUCUGAGACGAUAAUUGCUUCCGAAGAGGAGCAACUUUUGGAAACCAGUCCGUCUGUGGAUACAAAUGAAGAAUUCUACAACAACUAUCGAAACUAUUUUCAAAGAAGACCGGAAGUCAUAUUUCUGAUUCGUAGUAUGGAUGAAAAUGCGGUUGAAAAUUAUGACAAAGAAUUCAUUGAUUUGUAUGAAAAAACUCGAAAAAGCUUGGAAGUGUAUCCGAAUCCUGAAUUGAAUCAAAUACUUCGUUGUGAGUGUUCUUCUAACACCAGCACUGCUAAUUCGGAUAACCGUCUCCCCAACAAUCACGCUGUCGUGGUUUCAAACUUCCGUGAGCCUGAUCGUCGUCUUGGUCGUUAUUCCAAGUACUACUAUCAUCAUAAUGUGGGUCCAGAGGUGUACAGUAGAAAAGUUUUUGUUGGAGGACUUCCCGGUUGUGUGAAAGAAAGCGAUAUCCUCAAUUUUUUCUCUCGGUACGGUCGUCUGCAAGUCGAUUGGCCUUCGAAACAUUUUGGUUGUAAAUCAGAUUCCGAUCCAUCAGUUUGUGGUGAUGCGACUUCUUCAUUCCAACAGACAUCUCAUCUCGCAAUGAGUUCUCCUCCAUUCGGACAGAUCAAUCCGUUUAUGAGUGAUCACUCAACUACUUCUUCCGAAACCCAAAACUUUGGUAUGAAUCGCAAUGGAAAUGGCGGAGGAGUUAUCACUCAUGGAAUGGUGAGAAUGAUGAAUGCUGCAAGAAAUGCUGGUUUCGGAGGUGGAGAACCCAGAAGUGUUGGAGGUGAAAGUAGUGAAGAAAAGAAGCAACAUCAUCUCGGAUACGUGUUUCUUCUCUUCGAAAAAGAGAGAAGUGUUCGUGAAUUGGUUUCUGAUUGUUUCGAGGAAGAAGAAGGACUUUUCAUUACUUUGGAGAGUUCAAUUGAGCCAAUUCGUGUACAAAUUCGUCCAUGGUUGCUUGCUGAUGCUGAAUUUCUGAUGGAUUUCAACGUUCCAAUCAACACAAAGUUGGUUGCAUUCAUCGGAGGAGUUCCCAGACCAUUGAAAGCUGUUGAGUUGGCUCAUUUCUUUGAGCAAACCUAUGGAAAUGUUGUAUGUGUUGGAAUCGAUAUCGACAACAAGUUCAAAUAUCCGCGUGGAUCUGGACGUGUGGCUUUCUCAAAUUACGAUGCUUAUGUUCAAGCUAUCACGGAUCGUUACAUUGUUCUUGAUCAUGAGGAUAUUCAUAAAAGAGUUGAAAUCAAACCAUACUUCUUCCAUAACCAAUCGUGUGAAGAGUGCUCCAGCCGCUACAAUCGCCAAUAUGCUCCAUUCUUCUGUCCAUCUCUUGAAUGCUUUCAGUAUUAUUGUGAACCCUGUUGGCACAAAAUGCAUUCUCAUCCAAGUCGUUUCCAUCAUAUGCCGGUUGUCAAGGGAAUUUGA